AUGCGCGAUUUCAAAACAUAUCUUUCCGUGGCACCGGUACUAAGUACUUUAUGGUUUGGGUCUUUAGCCGGUCUAUUAAUAGAAAUCAAUCGUUUUUUCCCAGAUGCGUUGACAUUCCCCUUUUUUUGA